AAAGCAGCAUUUCGACGUUUGUGCUGCCGACAGCGGGAGAGACGAAGUAGUUUCUAGCCUUUUCUAGCACUUUAAACCAUCAGUUUUGCUUGUGCAACUGACUGAUUAUUUAGCGAUAUAACACCGGACUUCAGUUGUGUAAAUAACACUUUUUAUAAUGCCACGGGGCGGGAAAAAGGGCCACAAGGGCAGAGGGAAGCAGUUCAGCAAUCCCGAGGAGAUUGACCGACAGAUGAAAGCGCAGAGAGAGCUGGAGGAAAAUGCUGGCGCAGAGAAAGGGAGCUCUUCAGAGUCUGAUGAUGAGAGCAGCAGUGACGACGAUUCUGAGUCCAGGAAGAGGAGUGGAGUGGAGGGGCUUAUAGAGAUUGAGAAUCCCAACCGUGUCUCUCAGAAGAGCAAGAAGGUGGCUGAGUUAGACCUGAAUGCUCCCAAAGAGCUGUCUCGCAGGGAGAGAGAGGAGAUAGAGAAGCAGAAAUCAAAGGAACGCUACAUGAAGCUCCAUCUUGAGGGGAAGACUGAGCAGGCCCGGGCCGACCUGGCCAGACUGGCCAUCAUCAAGAAACAGAGGGAGGACGCCGCCAGGAAGAGAGACGAACUCAGGAAAGAAAAAGAAGCUGAAGAAGCCAAAGGAAAGCGCUAGUUUUCAUCUAAAUGCACUUCAGUCUCAGAGAGAUGGCGAGAGAAGGAGAUCUGGAGGAGGAGAACGGGGAGGGGACCAAUUCAAGUGGCAUCAGAUCAGGGGUGCUCCUGAACUCCUGUCCCUCAUUUCAAAUCAGGGGGGCGUGGGUCUUCCAUGACAGUGUGGUCAGGACAGGAAACACAGGUGGAGCAAAGCGAGAUGAAGAGGAAUGCAACAUUUGGGAUGCCUCCAGUUUUCUUCAAAAAGUCUUUUAAGAGGAGAUAAUCGCAGGUUUUCCAAGUGCUUCACUGCCUCUUUACUCUUCCCCACCCAUCAUGGUUUUAAUUCUAAAGCUGCUCAAGUUAUUUCCAUGCAUUUGAUUUCUGCAUCUUUACAAGAUUACCUAAUACAAGUUUACUUAAUGACUGGACAGAUACUAAAGUGAGCGUGCAUGAGGAUUUCUUUGGUGCUUUACUUUUCCUUCCAUCUCACCUGUUUCCUAAGAAGGCAAAUGAGUGACAGAUGGAGAAAAGAACACUAUUCAGAGGAUAAACUGAUAUAUAGGAAUUAUACAAUGUAGUUUAGUAUUUGUGGAUGUAUUGCACAAGACAUUGCUAUAAUUUUCUAUAAGAUUGAAGUUUUUUUUCCCCACCAAUCUAAACAUGACUUUUUCCACCAUC